AUGCAUUCCAUAUGGCCGUUCCUUACUUUAUUACUAUCAUUCGAAUCCCUCGUUACUGCAGCAUCUCUGAUCCAGCCUAGGGGCGGAUUAUGCGGAAAUGCGUUCCCUCACCUCAAAUCCGAGAAACUAACCGUGGACGAUAAAUGGAACUUGGCCGAGACGAUCUGGAGUUUUGAAGCUAUGCAAGAUGCUGAAUUUGGGGGAACACCUGCCUUCAACCCCAACAGCGAGAACGAAAGCGACGUGUCUUUAUCCCACCCCUUUGGCUUCAGGAACUACAGCGGAAGCAUCCUCCCUGUGACGGUGGAAGGGUCAUCGUUUGACCAAUAUCAGGUCACGGCCACCAUAGGAUAUCCGUGGUCUACGAUAGGUCGGAUAUUUUUCCGUCGAUUCAGAGGGGAUAAAGAUGGCUGGUGUACUGGCACGCUUGUUGGGAAGAACCUGCUGCUUACCGCUAGCCAUUGCUUCCCGUUGGACUAUGGUCCUAGGAGGUGGAUGCGGUUUGUCCCCGGAUUCGGCCAUGGAAAGAAAAACGCCGAACCUUUCGGCGGAUCAUACGUCUCACAGUGCCGCGGGGUAAAGAACACACACAACGUUACUGGGAUUGACUAUGUUAUAUGCAUGCUAUGUGAGCCCCUGGGCGAGCGGAUGGGCUGGAUGGGCACCGUGUGGUGGAAGGAUAUGCAAACAUACGCCAACCGGUCGUGGCAUAGCUCCGGGUACCCUAUCGAACCACUCAAAGGUGCAGCACAGAUGUUGAUUGCGAAUUUAACGCUUGACAAUGUCGAUCCCCAUGGGGAGAUUGGCGUGGAGCUUGAGUCGAAGGUGUAUGCGUCGCCUGGGUGGUCGGGUGGUCCGUUAUGGGGGUAUAUCAACGGGGAGCCGACUAUUGUUGGUGUUUGUAGUGGUGGAGAACGAAGUUGCAGUGAACAGCCGGGUGGUUGCUUCAUGGCAAAUGAGUCCGAUCCAUACCACGAUGUAUCUUCUGGCGGAAAGCUGAUGACUGAGCUUGUUCAGUAUGGGAAAUCGCAUUGGUAG